CGCCGCCGCCGGCCCGCCGUCGCUGAGACCCUCACGGGGCUUCCGAGGAGACGGAGGGACAGCGGGGGAGCGGCUCGGCUCGGCUCGGCUCGGCUCGGCGGGAGCGCAGCGGCGACGCCACGGACUUGUGGCCCCCGGCCGAGGAGAGCGAGCCGCUUGCCUGCGAGCCUGGCUCCUGGGCACGGGGAGGACGGGCUGGAAGAAAGACAAAUUAAACGCCAAACAACCCCCCAGCGCCCGCGCCCGUCUGAUUUUUAUUUCUUUUCUUUAAUUAUUUCGAAGAAAAAAAAAAACUCUGCUUUUGACAAUUUGUGCCGCGAGUGGAGUUGUUUUCCGCACACCCCUGACAAACAAAGGAAAAGGGGGAGGGGGAGCGCCUUUCGCAGAAGACAUGCGUUCAGUCAGGAAGAGGUGGACUGUGUGCACGAUAAGUCUGCUUCUCAUUUUUUAUAAGACGAAAGAAAUAUCGCGGACCGAAGAGCGCCAGGAGGCACCUCUCGCCGGAGACGGUGAACUGAGUUUGAGUAGGUCAAUGAUCAAUAGUUCUGAUAAGAUGAUUCAGAAGGUUGGCUCCUCAAUCUUUCAUCAUGCUGCAGAAGUUUGGAAAAUCAAUUCUUCUUUGGUACUGGAAAUAAGAAAGAACAUUCUUCGAUUCUUGGAUGCUGAAAGAGAUGUCUCAGUGGUCAAAAGCAGCUUCAAGCCAGGAGAUGUAAUUCAUUAUGUACUGGACAGACGUCGCACCCUAAACAUUUCUCAGGAUUUGCACAGCCUUCUACCUGAAGUUUCCCCAAUGAAGAAUCGCCGAUUUAAAACCUGUGCAGUUGUUGGGAAUUCUGGCAUCCUUUUGGACAGUGGAUGUGGAAAAGAGAUUGAUGGCCAUGACUUUGUAAUAAGAUGCAAUCUGGCCCCUGUGGUGAAGUUUGCUGCUGAUGUGGGAACUAAAUCUGAUUUUAUUACCAUGAACCCAUCAGUUGUACAAAGAGCAUUUGGAGGCUUUCGGAAUGAGAGUGACAGAGAAAAAUUUGUGCAUAGACUAUCCAUGCUGAAUGACAGUGUCCUUUGGAUCCCUGCUUUCAUGGUCAAAGGUGGAGAGAAGCACGUGGAGUGGGUUAAUGCAUUAAUCCUUAAGAAUAAAUUGAAAGUGAGAACCGCCUAUCCAUCACUGAGACUUAUUCAUGCUGUCAGAGGCUACUGGCUGACAAACAAGGUCCACAUUAAACGACCCAGCACUGGUCUCCUCAUGUAUACGCUUGCCACCAGAUUUUGUGAUGAGAUUCACCUGUAUGGAUUUUGGCCAUUCCCAAAGGAUUUACAUGGAAAACCAGUCAAGUAUCACUAUUAUGAUGAUCUGAAGUAUCGAUACUUUUCUAAUGCCAGUCCUCAUAGGAUGCCCUUAGAGUUUAAAACAUUGUAUGCAUUACAUAACAGAGGAGCACUUAAAUUAACAACAGGGAAAUGUGUACAGCAAUAAAGCACAUGUAAAGUACAAUAAGAAGUACAGAGUAUACACUUCAUCAUAAAGAUGUUGUGCAAUGGCAGUGGGAUCCCAGUGAGGAUGUUUCAAUACCCACUGAGCCAUCAGAAAAAAGAAUUUUAUCAGAAGUACAUAGCCAGCUAUUAUACCUGUAAAGUGCUAUAUAACUAAGCUAUCUUGACUGCAAGGUUCAAGUAAGUGCCAAUUUGACUACGAACAAAGCUUGAAUGUAUACUCAAUAGUGUUUACAGGAUCCAGUGACACAUUCAUCAUUAAUUAAAGAAGAAAAAUAUAUCCUGCUGACUUGCCACUGUGGUCAGACAGCGACAGAAGAAAUCCUCGGUGGACAGAAUAUUUUCUUGAGCAAAUAAAACAGGCUUUUUGGCAAAAAAAGAUAAAGAUGGAAUUGAGUAGAAAAAGUGAAGUCCAUAAGGUCAAACAAAUCCAUAAAUGCCUUCAGUCAGAGGAGUGUUUCUGGUCUUGUGUUAUAAUCUCAGCUUUUGUUGCUCUUUUUCUUACUGCUAUUGGUUGGGUUUUGUUGCUUUUAAGCAUUGGAGCCCAUAAUGGAUUUUGAUGUUUUUAUGAGUAAUUAAAAGUAUAUAUCUUAUGGAACUGUCUUAGGUAAAAAAUUCAUGAGGGUGAGGGAAACAUCAAAUAUUUUAUCAAUUGUUACUGUGUUGUAUCCUGCUGUCACACAACACUUAACAUCCCAGUUGUUUUUCUAGUUACUGCUGUCAAUACUGACUACGUGGAACCACUCAGAGGUCAUUUUGAUCCAUUUUUAAAAAGAAGUUUUUCUGUUGUGUUCAGUUUUGAAGACAUAUGAGAAGGUGUCAUUAUUUUUGGUACCAAAGAUUACUCAUACACAUUUUUUCCUUUCUCUGAAGAAAUGGUAUAGAUUUAAUAUGAUGUUUCCUUGCUGCUGAAGGGAACAUAUUCUUUAUGUUAUUUAAAUUUUUGAAUUAAGCGUCUGAAAGCAAAGCCUCUUUACUGACUUCACAUACAGAAUUUCAUUCUUCAGAAAAAUCUGCAGGAGUACAGAAAUUAUUUUAUGUAUUCAUAUAUAAAUAUAUAUAUACACACAAUUUUUAUUUCUGAUUGAAAGGAAAACACAAAUUCUAAAGGAACUCAAGUGACAUUGGAACACAUCUAAAGAAAAAAAAGACUUAACCAAUUAAAUGGAAAAUAAAAGAACUGUAGAUCAAACAGUUCUUUUUAAAACUUAAAUUUCUAGUGGUGUUGGAUGAUAUGUCUACCUCUUUGUAUCAGCUUGAUGUUCUGAUGUGUAAUUGGCUGAAGUAACAGAGCUGCAUUAUCUUACAGUGAUUUUUCUGAGCAUCAUUCUUGAUAAUACACAAAAACAAGAAUUCUUUCACUCCUUUCAAAAAAUAGAGCAAGAAAUUACAGGAGGGUGAAAGAGGGUGGAGUGUCAGUACAGCACAUCCUGAGAUACAAAAUGUGUCUGCUUAUGCUAUGUUUUAAUGAUAAUGGAGAAGGUAAAUGAAGAACACCAUGAUUCCACCAUUUUCAUGUCAGACUAGGCUAAGGAGGGGGCAUGUAUGGGUAUUUUCUUGUUACCCUUUCAGCUCUACAUUAGGUCUUCAUUUCCAAAUACAAUAUUUGGUGUAUCUACUGAAUUUUCAACUAGCUUGAUCAGUUUCAUAUAUAGCAUAACACUCACAAACAUUUACUAGCUGAAAGUGCCAUUUAUUACCCAUUUUUCCUAAGUUCACAUGUAUUUCAUCAUGCAUGACUGUGAUUAUGCAAAUUUAGUGGCUAAAUCACUGCCUUUCAGACAGUUUUGCAAAAAGUUGGUAGGAAAUAGAUGGAGACACUCUAAUUCCUAGUAGUAAAAAAAAAAAAAAAAUAUUACUAGUAUAAUUUUAUAAGUGAAAACAGUGAAACAUAAAUAGGAAGACAGAUCAGCAAUUUUGCCGUCAGAAGUCAGCAGAUGAAGAAAAAUUUGGUCUGAGCCUGUUUUGGAAGGUUCACAUUUGAUUCUCUGUGAGUGGAGUUAACUUUAGUACACAAGCCAUGGAAUCCAAAUUUUCACCCUAUCACUAAAUUUGAUUGAACAGGGUGAUACAGGGCAGUGUUUCUCUGACUUGGUUUGGCACAAGGCAUGGCAGUAGCACCUACUUCCAAGACAACGGAGUUUGCCCAUGCCUUCUCAAAACUGGGUCUUAACCUGAUCUCCUGCAGGCUUUCCACUCUCAAUACUGCACACUUCUGGCACCAUGAGCCAUGGUCACACAGCUCUCUACCAUCAUCCACACUCAUCCCGCUCAGAGCACCCUCCCCUCAAACUGGCACCCAGGUGUACCUCCCUACCAAAAGCACAGGACUCUUCACUAACCUGUCUCCUGUCUCACCUGCCUCAUCUUUAUCCUGAGCUGAAGUGUAACGUAGUGAGUAGCAGUUUUCAAACCCUUCUCUGAGGCAAGUAGCAGUUGUAGCCUUUGACUGUGCAGGUUUUCACAAGCACAAGGAGUGGUUUUACUCUGUCGGUUUUGUAUAAGAUCUCUGUCCAUGUGGAACCCAAAACGUCUGGGGCUCCCUGGUGUUCAGUUUGUUGUGAUGGAAAUUGUCUGGUUUGAGGUGGCUCGUGACCACCAGCCAUUGGUUAGUCUAGGGUGACCUGAGGUGGGAUGUGCCCAGAGCUUUUCUUGUCAGAUUACGUGGCCUUGGUUGUUGUCUCACUGCUGGGAAACUGUAGCAGUGGACUCCUUGCAGAUACCCUUACCUACCUCUCCCUUAUACUUCCUGGCUCUCUGUUGCUCUGGGGCUCUUUGUGCAUUUCUGUUGAGGCACCCUAGGUCCUGAAUGAAAAAAACAGCUUACUUCCACUGUGUGACUCUUUUUCCCUAAUGGUGAUCCAGGGCACAGUAACAAAGGCUUUGCUUCUGCAUAGGGACUUUCUAGUGGAAUAAAUUUCUCUUUGUGGUCCUUCACAGGACAGCAGUCAACACCUCAAACCUCCAUAGCUGCCUUGGAUGAUUUUGGUUGUUUAUAUACAUUCACACCUCCAGUGCUGCCUACAGCACAGAUCAGAUAAACAGGCUUUAUUAUAACUACAACACAUUCAACGCUAUUAACAACUAAUACCAAGUAGAUAGGAUAAAAAGAAGGAUCUCUAAUAUUGUUAUGAUAUGAUAUCUGCAAGUGUUCCUCAAAUUUAUUCUCACAUCUGUCAUACCAGUUGCCAACUAUGGUUCCUAAAUGUGUGUUAAAAAUAAGAACUGGGAACUACAUCAAGACAGCAGUGAGUGUAUAAUUUUCCAAAACUUAUGGCAGCUUUACAUUGAACAGUUUUAUUUCAUUGAGAUAAACAUAAUGUAAAUUGUUUAUUAACGUAUCUGUUAAUGUUUCUGUGCCAGAGAGUCUUUCAUAGUUCAUAAAAAUAAUAGAUAAAUAUAUUUGAUUGUUAAGUGUUCAGCAUUGGGACCGUUCUCUCUCCCACAGCUCUGAGCCACUCUCCAGAUGUAACAUCUACUGAACCUUUCAAACUUCGGAUGGUUUACACAAUUUGACUUGUAAUAAGGACUGUACCAUUCUUUUGAUAACAAUAUAAGCAACAUA